GUACAAUCAGAUGAUCGUACAUGCCAAAAUACCUUACUUUCCCUGGGAACCUGAGGUUUGAAAAUCUCCUAAACUUAGCAAUUGAGCGCCGCGACCCGGGUAAAAUGCGAAUUGUAUCGAUGUAUUCAUACUUCCCAGAACAGAAGAAGAUGACACUAUCGUUUUCUCGUGUUGUCGCGGUGACUCGGCAUUGCAUUGCCGCAGCACGACAAAUCAGUGCACUAGAAAACGACCGACGAUGUUGGGAGAGAAAAGGUAAGAUAGGAAAAAUCGACGAUAUGCCGGCUUCUCUAUCGAGACGUAGCAAUACAGGACAAAUUAUUAUCAGAGCCUGCCCUUUUCGGAGUCGAUACAUUUCCUUGUUUUCGAUUGCUCCACUUGCUGGAUUUUGGAUCGUGUCCUUCCUUAUCGCACAGUGAGAUCUUUGCACAUGUUUCCAAGUGUUAUCAUGGGUGGUAGAGGGCAGUGCAUCAUGGCAAUGCUCGUCCUCUUGCUUCCCUUUGCCCGCGCAAACAGAACUUCUCUGAGUCGAAUGGGUGUUGUUGGAUUG